AACGGCCAAAAAUAAAGCAGUCCUACUCCAACAACCGAAAAAAUUAAGAAUAAAAUAAUGAUAUAAAAAACCGCUCUGCAAGCAACGUAUUUGAAAGCGCGGACUGCAACUCCGAGGAAGAGCAGAAGCUUCUUUUCUGUCGUCGUUUCCAAUCGCAAUUGCACUUUCGAUUCCUCCAAGGUUUCGAGCUUCAGAAACCCUCACAUUUAGGGUUUUUCAGGAAGUUAUUUGAUUGAGAUUGGGGUUUAUUAAGAGAGGAGAAUUUUGGUUUAGAGUUUUGAAGAUGGGUGAUAAUCUGAUGGACAAAGUGAGUGCCUUUGGCGAGCGCCUGAAGAUUGGCGGCACUGAGGUGGGCCGGAAGAUGACAGCUGGCAUGACCUCCAUGAGCUUUAAAAUGAAGGAGCUCUUCCAGGGCCAGAACCAGGCCGAGAAGGUUGUUGAGGAGGCGACUGCGGAGACAUUGGUUGAGCCUGAUUGGGCCGCCAACCUUGAGAUCUGUGACAUGAUCAACAGUGAGAAGAUCAACAGCGUUGAACUGAUCCGCGGUAUCAAGAAGCGGAUCAUGCUGAGGAGUCCAAGGGUGCAGUAUCUGUCACUGGUCCUGCUCGAGACCUGUGUGAAGAAUUGCGAGAGGGCAUUCUCAGAGGUGGCCGCUGAGCGGGUACUCGAUGAGAUGGUGAAGCUGAUUGAGGACCCACAGACUGUUAUUAACAAUAGGAACAAGGCUCUCAUUCUGAUUGAAGCAUGGGGGGAAUCGGCCAAUGAACUUCGGUAUUUGCCCGUCUAUGAAGAAACAUACAAGAGUUUGAAAUCUAGAGGCAUUCGUUUCCCUGGACGUGAUAACGAGAGUUUGGCUCCAAUAUUUACCCCACCUCCUUCAGAUUCUGGUUUAGAAUCAAAUCCAAAUCUGUCACAACAGCUGGUUCACCAUGAUGUUCCUGCCCAAAGCUUUUCACCAGAACAAACAAAGGAAGCGUUUGAUGUGGCUCGAAACAGUAUCGAACUUCUUUCCACAGUUCUAUCUUCGUCUCCACAGCAAGAUGCUUUAAAGGAUGACUUGACGGCCACGCUUGUACAGCAAUGCCAGCAAUCCCAAUUCACCAUCCAAAGAAUUAUUGAGACAGCUGGAGAUAAUGAGGCCGUGCUUUUCGAGGCCUUGAAUGUGAAUGAUGAAAUCCAAAAGGUCCUCUCCAAGUACGAAGAACUGAAGAAGCCUUCUGUAGUCCCAUCGGAGCCUGUGGAGCCCGCAUUGAUCCCCAUCGCUGUGGAGCCCGAUGAGUCCCCACGGGUCUCAAAGGAGGAAGCGCUGAUCAGAAAACCAGCAUCUUCUCGAGCACGGGGUGGGGAAGAUGACAUGUUGGACGAUCUCGACGAGAUGAUCUUUGGUAAGAAGGCAGGUGAAUCUGAAGGGCGGGAUCCAAAGAAGCAGCAGCCACAGAAAGAUGAUCUGAUCAGCUUUUAAGCUUGUUUUUAAAAUCUGAGACCGUGAUGGUUUUAUAUAAAUAUUCAAUUUGUUGAAUUGGCAUUUGUGAGGAAAAGCAAAAGUUUUCUGCACAUUCUGUGUAAGUAAUUCCAUGUUGGUGUCAUUUAUGCCUGAAAA